AAUUCGUAUGAACCACUGAGCUUUAAAUUAUCAAUGCAUGUUCGUCAUGGGUUAGUUCUCAUGAACAGUGUAAACAGUCCUUAUUGUGACAUCACUGUUUAUAAGAGGCAAAAAUUAGAAUAGAUAAAACCGCCUUUCGUCCAAGUUUCAUCAAGGUUCAAUUUUAACACGAAGAAACCUUUAUUUAAAAUACAAUAGAGCUGAUUUUUUUGACUUAAAUACACCAUUUUUGUUUGAUUUUUAUAACUAACAAACACUGGUACACUGGCAGACUUAGUUUCAAAGACUUACAGCUUCGAGAGUUGGAUAAAACAUUGCAGUGACGACAAGCUACAAGCGAAGUUUUAACAUUUUUAGGCUUGUUUAUCUUAAAGACCGAACCCGGCUAUGCUUGGGGGAGUGUUACUUUCCCUACGGACACAGAUCUUGUUCAAGAACAGAGACUUAACUUUCUUCUUGAUACGGAUUUAUUCACUUCAGCUUGGUUACAAGUAUGUUGCAUGAUGUUGGACUUUGAACUGACCAGAUUGGACUGGACUGGACUGGACUGGACUGGACUGGACUGAACUGGCGACCACUCUUCUGAAUGAACAAUGACGACUGCUACAUAACACUUCAACUGAACUAACUCUGAGUGAGCUCGUAUUUAUUAAGAGCGACUGUCUGUAAAAAUCGAGAAUUCGCCCGACAGUUGCAAAGAAUCGAAUUUCUUUUCAUUUCCCCAAUAGAACCCCUUUGGUGAACUAGUGCUGACUAAUAGUCAUCGUUGUUUCACGGAUURAAGAAAAUCGCUGUACCUUGAAUUUUAGGUACAAGAUUGCCCUGUUGAUAUGACUACACGAUUAACCCCCCAAGGAGCAACUCUACUCGUGCUAUUUGUUGCGAUAUCAAUGAAACUCGGUGAACCUGCUUCCCUCAAUGGUGACUGUGAUUUUAACUCUGGUACUCUCUGCGCAUGGAAACAGGAAAGGCUGGACGAUUUUGAUUGGUUAGUUCGGGGAGGUCCCACUCCUGAUCGAGACACUGGUCCAAACGCAGGAAGUGAUGGAGGAAAUUAUCUAUUUAUUGAGUCAUCGGAUAAGAACCUUGGCAAGAAAGCUGUCCUGAAGCUGGAGGGACUAAACACUAUAGCCGGAGGGCCAAAAUGCUUUAGUUUUAAGUACUUCAUGUUUGGAAGGGAUAUUGAGACCUUGAUGGUGUUCCAAGAGAACAGACCUAUAUUCACUUUGAGCGGACCUCAGGGUAAUCGGUGGAUGAAAGCAACAGGAAGGCUCUUUCCGGCUGCACAAACCAAGAUCACAAUACAUGGUGUUGUCGGUAUAGGUCCAAAAGGUGACAUAGCCAUUGACGAAAUUGAAUUCUUGUCUGAUGCCAACUGUGGAAAAAAUGAAGCCAAGUGUCCACCUAUACCUUCACCGUUCCAAGGCUCUUCGACCUGCGCAUCACCAUUUAAAAACCCAGACGAAAUUUGCAAGUUUGAAUGUAACGAGGGUUUCCAACUAGUUGGUCCAGAAAGGUUGAGGUGUUUACCUUUUGGAACAUGGAAUGACAAACCACCAUUGUGCCUGAAUAACCCAAUUAAACUUCGAUUGGCAGGACUCGGACCUGAAAGGCCGAAUGCUGGUCGGGUUGAGAUACAAGUGGGUGACACGUGGGGCUCUAUUUGCAGAGACAAAUGGACGCAAGUGAAUUCUGAACUCGUGUGUCGAACUCUAGGGUACAAGAAGCCAAUUGCGACUUACAUUGAUGUUUCAACUCUUAAAUCGCCAACCGGAAAUUUACCAAUAUGGCUUGAUAAUGUUGUUUGUGAUAAAGGAGCCCAAAAUCCUCUAGAGGACUGUCGACAUAAUGGAUUUGGUAUACAUAAUUGCGAUGUUGAAGGGCAUUCUCAAGAUGUUGCUAUCGAGUGUAGAAAUCAAACUUCCCCUCCAAUUGCAAGUGUUCCAGCCACGACUGAAAGCACAAAGAAGGUGGCGUUCCCCCUCUCAGCAAAAAUAGCUACUGGUGUUGGUUCCCUUGUUCUUGUCCUCAUCAUYGUACUUGUCGUGGUGUGCUGCAUAAGAAGAAAGAAAAGAAGAAAAUCAAAAGAUGGAGAAAACCCACAGCAUGUAGUUGUAUUUUCUAAAGAUAUGGAAGCGGAAACAGAAGAUCAAGAAGACAAGCCAAGUGACCCUUGGGAGGUGAAUCCAAAAUAUAUCACAUUCAUGGAAGAACUGGGACAAGGAGCAUUUGGUAAGGUGUUCAAGGCCAUCUACCAAGAACCACCCCCUAAAGAAGAACAAAUUAUCAUGGCAAAGCUGAUGGGAACGCCAGAAUUAAUCAAGAACAACAGACCAAAGAAGAUGGUAGCUGUUAAAACAUUGCAUGGAAUAUCUGUCCAGCAAAGGAUUCGUUCAUCGUGAUCUCGCCGCUCGUAAUGUCCUAGUGGCUGACAACAAACAAGUCAAAGUGUCUGACUUUGGACUAACACGUGACCUGUACGAGGAGAGCGCCUAUCAUGCUCGUGUACAGCGGAGACUACCCAUCAAAUGGAUGUCACCAGAAGCGAUCU